AUGGAAACUCAAAUCGAUUCAUCAUUCGUAAGCACUCACCUUAAAUAUCAAUGUUUGCUUAGUUUACUCGACUCAGUAAAAGAGGUAAUCUAAAUGGAGACAGCUAUGUAGUCCCACCUCGAAUGGCUUAGGAGGAGCAGAGCAGACAGUUCUAAAGAGUUGCAGAAGUAGAAAUUGAGGAGCUAAAGCAAAGUCUGCGCUAUGUUGAAAUACAACUUGCAAGGUCUCGGGAGGAGUAAAGUAUCUGAUAAUUUGGCAAGGCAAGUAAAGAUCAAUUAGUAGCAGGCUAGGACAAUUGAAGAGAUGCAGAAGAAAAUUGACGCUUAUAACAAUAACAAUAGAGAUGUGCUGGAAAAGAAUAGAUUCAAAGCAUCUACUUACAUGGCAGAGAUCAAUUAAAGAGAAGAGGAGCUGGGCAGAAUGAGGGCAUAGUUGCUUAACAAUUAAGAUGAGAUGAAACUAUUGACAGUGUCAAGGGAAUAAAAUCGCUAGCAAAAGGAAACAUUGCAAGAGUAGUUGAAACUUAGAGACGGAGAACUUGACAAGCUACGCAAGAAGGUAGAGGAACAAAACAGACUAAUGGACUCAAUGUGCAUGGCUUAGAAAAACAUUGGGGAUUACGCUGGAUUGGAAGAUUAGGGUGAAUAUAUGGAGAGAGCUAGAGAAGAUAUUGAGAGAGCUGAUAGAAUUGCUAGACAGACUAAUAAGAGCAGUUUCAUGGGACUUGGGGAUAAGCAACCUAGAUUAAUUAGUGAGGAGCAUUUAAUUUCAGCAACUUAAAGCUAGCUUAGUGGUGGCAUUCCAAGAAACGUGGAAAAUCCUUACAGGGCAAUGGUCGAUGAUCAGUACUUGAAUGACGACUCAAUCCCUGCAGAGAUAUUUAACUUGAUCUAAGUGUUUAGAGAUAGACUUCAAAGAUCCAAAAGCCAUCAAACUCAAAGUCUUGUUCUCGAUGAUUUCUUUGCUGAGGUUCAUAAAAUCAUGAAAGAUCAAUAGAUGAGAGAAUUCGCUAGAAUAAGAAACGAGCACUCAGUAGAGAUUACUAAAAUGCGCAAAAACCUUGAAUCUAAGCUCAGAAAUGAACCAGCUAACAGAUCUAAGUCUAAGGCUGACACUAGUGCUGGCAAAGGCUUGUAAUCCAAAGAGAACUUUUAAGCUUUCAAAGGUAGUGAAAAGUUCAUUGAAAAUGAAAUUGAAAGGCAGAGAAGAGCGCUUUAUGAGGAAAACGAGAUACUUAAGAAACGCUUGAGAGCACUUGAGACUAUAGUGCAGAGUGGAAGCAAUGAAAAGACUAAAUUUAUGGAGGGAGCAUCCUGGAUUGCCAAAAAAGCGCAUGUAGAAGCUGAGAAGCACAUUUAAAAGUUGCAAAAUCUAUUCAUUGAGUAUCAGUAGAAGGCUAAGGACUAUGUUAUUGAUGACAGUAUUAAUGAACUAAACGGGAAAGAAGUGCUGAAAACAAAUAGAUGGCUUAAUGACCAAGUGAAUAAUGAGAUCAGUAAUGUUAGUGACAAAUUCGAAGGCAUCUUUGAGAAUGUUAAUUAUCAUCUCAAGGAGGCUACUAAAAACUUCCACAAAUACAAAUGA